CUUCUCUUAAACAACCGAUAACUAUUCCUAUCCUCUUAUUUUCUUCCUCUCCACAACAUGGUGUUGCUGGUGCUGUGUCAAUUGCCAUAAACCCCACCUCUGUUCCAUGUGUUCUCAUGUGAACCCCAUUUGAUGGAAGCCCUAUAAUACCGCGGAGGACAAUAUCAUUGUCCAAAUAGUCUCAUUGACUCUCUCUCUGAGCUAUAGUGGGGUGGAGCCCAUAGCUGGACCUCUGCUUUGCUGGCUUCAAGCUUUCCAUUGUUGGUCUUUUAUGGGGCUUGUCUGCUGAGAAAGAAAGAGCAAAAAACUCAACAAAGAUUGAGUUUGCCCUAUAUAUAGCCUCUGGGUCUUUUGGCAAAGUCCCCAUUUCACGUUUCUGCUCCUUUCUUCAACUUUAUCAUCAUCUUCAACACCACUAUAAAGCCAAAAAAGCAAACACAACAAAGACCCAUUUUUUUUUUCCGCUCUUCUUUGAUUUGAUGGAUCCACAGAUCUAAUGCUCUGCCAUGCCCACAUGAGCUUCUUCUUGCUCUUUCCAGAUCCUUCUCUCUUCUUCAACUGUAGCCCGCAGUAGCUUCCAGGAAACAGCCAACUUAUAUUGGUGUAUGAUUAUUAUGCUGUGGAGUUGAGAAGAAUACAAUUCACAAUUGGGAUUUUUGGGUCAGAGUUGGUUUUGAUCUGGAUGAGAAUUUUGAGGGUUGUUUGGAUGAGAUGAGGGAUGUUAUCGGAGUUGAUGAACUUUUUGAGGGCCUGUUUUCGGCCGAGGUCGGAUCGAUAUGUUCAUGCAGGGUCGGAUGCAGGGGGUCGGCAAGAAGGGCUAUUGUGGUACAAAGACAGUGGACAGCACUUGAAUGGUGAAUUCUCUAUGGCUGUAGUCCAGGCCAACAGCUUGCUUGAGGACCAGAGCCAAAUUGAGUCGGGCAAUUUGAGCUUGCACGAGACUGGCCCCUGCGGUACCUUUAUUGGUGUCUAUGAUGGGCAUGGGGGGCCUGAGACAUCGCGCUAUGUCAAUGAUCACCUAUUUCAGCAUCUCAAGAGGUUUACUACGGAGCAACAAUCGAUGUCAGCGGAUGUGAUACGGAAAGCAUUUCAAGCGACAGAAGAUGGGUUCUUGUCUGUUGUUACCAAACAAUGGCCAAUGAAACCACAGAUUGCAGCUGUUGGGUCAUGCGCUCUUGUUGGUGUUGUUUGUGGUGGAACCCUUUACAUUGCCAACCUUGGUGAUUCCCGUGCUGUCCUGGGAAGAGUUGUGAAGGCAACAGGAGAGGUUUUAGCCAUCCAAUUGUCAGUAGAGCACAAUGCAAGCAUAGAGUCCGUCAGACAGGAGCUUCAUUCUUUGCAUCCUGAUGAUCCGCAGGUUGUAGUUUUGAAGCAUAAUGUCUGGCGUGUAAAGGGCCUUAUACAGAUUUCUAGAUCUAUUGGUGAUGUAUAUUUAAAAAAGGCCGAGUUCAACAGGGAGCCUUUGUAUUCUAAAUUUCGCCUUCGCGAACCUUUGAAAAGGCCAAUACUGAGCGCUGAACCAGCAAUUUCGGUGCACCCAUUGCAACCACAUGAUCAAUUUAUUAUCUUUGCAUCUGAUGGGCUCUGGGAACACCUCACCAAUCAGGAAGCAGUUGAUAUAGUUCAAAAUCGUCAACGCAGCGGAAGUGCAAGAAGGCUGGUAAAAGCUGCUUUGCAGGAAGCAGCAAAGAAGAGAGAAAUGAGGUAUUCAGACUUGAAGAAGAUUGACCGUGGAGUCCGCCGCCAUUUCCACGAUGACAUCACAGUGAUUGUUGUCUUUUUCGACUCAAAUCUUGUGAGCCGGGCUAGCUCAGUCAAGUGCCCUAAUAUAUCCGUGAGAGGGGGUGGUAUAAACCUUCCUCCUAACACGCUGGCUCCUUGUACGACACCAACGGAGGCUGGCAAUACCUAGUUAAGCUGUAUCUCAUGCAUGUCUGUUGUAGUAUUCUCUUUUGUGUGAAUAUCAGGUAGCUUCCAGAAGAGAUCAGAGGAGCAGGCCUUAAAUUCUUUAGUGUACACUGUAACCUUUAACUGGAAACUAAUACUUGCAUUUAGCUCCUGUGCUAAAAAUGAAAAAAAGAAAUGGAGAAAGAGAACUCUUUUAGGUGAUGAUAGUUAUUAUAGUAAUUUCCUUGGCACAAA